ACCAUCUAAUGGCCUCCUUGCGUUCAGACCAAUAAAUUUUGUCCUUCUAACAAACAGAGCUAGAAAGAGAGAGUAGUGAAGGAAGAAAGUCAACAACCACAAACAAGACUAAACUCAGGCAACGUGCAGGUCUCUCACUCCACAGCUUUACAAGAACGCAACCAGGACCCAUGAUUGCACCACAGAGAACCAACCUUCUCCACACCAAAAACCCUAGUCCUCCUCCACCAUCACCCAAUCUUCAACCGGCAUGGACACCAUCCUCCAUGUAGCCUGCACAACAGGUGACACCGCAACCAUACUCGACCUUGCCAAGCACAACCCCCUCAUCCUUCGCCAACAGACAGCGCCCUCCGCUGAGACCGUGCUGCACCUCGCAGCACACUUUGGCCAUGCUGGCCUCAUCAACACCCUCCUCACCCUUUGCCCUGACCUUGCAGCCAAGCCCAACCGCCAAGGUUUCUCCCCCCUUCACGUGGCUGCAGCCGCGGGUCAUGAAGAAACUGUGGCCAUCCUUCUGCGCACUGAGCCUGGCCUCUGCAUAGCUCGUGACAGAGGUGGUCGUACACCUGUGCACUCUGCUGCAAUUAACGGUCAGCUAGGUGUUCUGGGAUUGAUGGUGAAUAUUAAUCAAGAGUGUUUGGGGAUCUUAACAGAUCAAGGGGAGACUGUGUUGCAUGUCAGUGGGAAGGCGGGACAGCUCGAAGCGGUGAGGUGGUGUGUGCAGAUGCUAGGGAGUAGCAUCGUCAACCAGCCAGAUAACAACGGAAAUACGGUGUUACAUCUUGCAACAGCUGUGAGAGACGUUCAGAUAGUGCAUUUCCUACUCAAAAACACCCCAGUCCAGGUGAAUGCAACCAACCGCGAUGGAUUCACAGCCAUCGACUUAUUGGAGCUCGACUGGAACAACCCGCAAGACAUGGAACUGGGGGACAUGCUAAUGAAGACUGGGGCCCAAGUGGGUCGAGACAUGCUGCCCUCCUCCUCGGUAUUGCUCCCACUAAAGGACUCGCCACCUCUCGAGCUGCCCCCUUGGUGGGCUCCCACUCACUCCCCCACUUCAAAGACCACCCGAAGUGUCCAAUCCAUACCACAUUCUCCCAUGCAUAGCUUUAGGUUUGAACAUGAGAACCUCUCUCUACACAUGCUGUCUAAUACACCCGAGACACUCCUAAGCAGGAGAUCAAAGUUUCUAUUGCGACGCCACUCAGAGCACCUCACUGAGAGUCUGAGGAAUGCUAGGAACACGAUCACAGUUGUAGCAGUGCUAAUCGCCACCGUCACAUUCUCUGCAGCUAUGAGCCCUCCAGGAGGUGUGUACCAAGAUCAUGAAGAAGCAGGAGAAGCCAUCAAGGCACAAACACUGGCAUUUAAGGUGUUUGUAGUAUGUGAUAGUGCAGCUCUCUUUGCAUCUCUUGCCAUCAUCUUCAUUUGGGCGAGUGUCGUAGCAUUUCGAAAUCGCCCUAUGAGGACUUUGUUAGAAAUCACACAGAGGUUGAUGAGGGUGGCGAUUGGGUUUAUGUUGAUUGGUUUCAUGGCAGCCAUGGCGGUGAUAGUGCCCUUUGGUAAGGCCACUUUGUGGUUACCAGUGUCUUUAGGGUUGCUUGGUUUGGUGGGCUUGACCACAACUAUUGUUGUGAUGGUCCUCAUAAAGUAUCAAAGACGAAGUUCGAGCAAGGAAGAGAAAGCAGAGAAUGAGGGACAUGGAGAGCACGAGUUUUUGCCAUCAAGCAGUGAGUUCAUUGAGGAUCAUCGACAGGGAUUCUAUAUAUAUGGCUUCUAGAAUAUUGACACCAUACUGAAUAGGGCUACUUCUGUAUAAAGUAAAACUCCUUCGGAGCUCUACUUCACAAACAUUUUAGCCUUGUAACAAUACCAAGUAUUUCUUGGAUGUAUCUUUUUUCUUUUUUUGAUUGGUAGUUGUAAAACCAUUAGUAACUUUUAUAACUUAGUUCUAUUAAUUACAAAAGUACCUAUGCUUUUGAUUUA